AUGUCGACCGCCUCGGAGCCGCUGGUCCUGUCCGAAAAAUCCUCCUCCGGCAAGGUCAUCAUCCUCCGGCUCAACCGGCCCAAGGCGCUCAACGCGCUCAGCUCACCCCUCUUUGACCAGCUCAACAUCGAGCUCGAGAAGGCCGAUGCGGACGAGAGCGUCGGUGCGAUCGUGUUGACCGGGAGUGACAAGGCUUUCGCUGCGGGGGCGGAUAUCAAGGAGAUGAAGGACAAGGACUUCGCCACGACGUACAAGAACAACUUCCUCGGGACGUGGACGCGUAUUGGAGCGAUUCGCAAGCCCAUCAUUGGCGCCGUGUCAGGCUUUGCCCUCGGAGGCGGAUGCGAGUUGGCGAUGUCGCUGGAUAUGCUCCUGUGCACCCCAGGCGCCACAUUCGGCCAGCCGGAAAUCACCCUUGGUAUCAUUCCCGGUGCAGGCGGGACGCAGCGCCUCACCGGCCUGAUUGGCAAACCCAGAGCGAUGGAGAUGGUGCUCGCCAACCGCAAGAUUGACGGCAAGACCGCCGAGGCGUGGGGGCUGGUGAGUAGGUGUGUUGCGGAGGGGGAGGACGUCGUCGCGGAGGCGGUCAAGAUUGGGGAUAGGAUUGCGGGGUAUGGGGCCGUGGCGGUCCAGGCGGGCAAGGAGGCUGUGAAUGGAUCGCUCGAGUUGCCCCUCGAGCAGGGUCUCAGGCUGGAGAGGAGGCUCUUCCAGAGUCUCUUUGCGACCAAGGAUCAGAAGGAGGGUAUGUCCGCGUUUGCCGAGAAGCGCAAGCCGGUCUGGUCCCACUUGUAA